AUGAUGGGACCCCAGGCGAGAACGGGAGGCCAGCAAGACCCCCAAGGCAGCUUCGCUCCUGCACAUCUGGAUAUAUUAGAUGAGGAAACCCAAAGACUGGACUCCAGUCUGGAAAUGGAGAACGCCAGGAUAGAAGACGACCAAAACCCGGCCGAGCUGGAGGCCAAACUGAAAGAGAUGGAACUGAGACUAAAAAGGCAGGAAGCUCUCAGAGAAACUCUUAUCAACGAGGCCGAAGAGACAAUGAGGGAACUGGAGAGAUUAGAGAGAGAAGAGAGGGAAGAGAUGUCCAGUGAUCCAGCAGAACGUUACGCUGCAGACAUUGAUUCCACAUUUUAUAACGAUGUGAAAAACAUGGAGAAGACCUUGCAGCAGGAGUUUGAGGAUUUAAAGGUGGCCCACCUCCUCAGCCAGGAAGCAUUUGUUGCUGGAAUACAGGCUGAGAGAAAGAAAACUGAGGCUGUCCAAGAAGAACUGGACCAACUUAAGACUUCAUACAAGGAGCUGCGAUAUAAAUAUGAUGCAGACAUUUCUCUGGUAAGGCAGGAGGUGAAACAUGAGAAAGAUGCAAACAUAGAAAGAGAAAAAGAGAGUCUGAAGCUAGUCAACAAGCUGAAAGCUGAGAAGGAGGAGCUCUUUCGAAAAAUGGCUAGAGAAAUCUUUAUUCUGAGAAAGAGAGAGAAGCAGAUGCUGAACGAACUGGAUCAGGUUCACAUUUCGCACGAGGAGCUGAAACAAUCCUCAGACGAGACCGAGGUCACUGGAGAAACCAUCCUGCAGGAUUCGGACAAUCCAGAUGCGAGUUGUCUGCGGGAUCUUGCGUGUUGUGCUGAACGUCUCCUGGACUUGCGGUUAAAAUAUUUUCCUGUUAAUAACUCUUCUUCUGUCUUCUUGUCCUCCCAACAGGCCAAGCUGAUUGUCCCCAACAGCACAGCCGGCCUCAUCAUCGGCAAAGGCGGAGCUACGGUCAAGGCGGUGAUGGAGCAGUCUGGGGCUUGGGUCCAGCUAUCCCAGAAGCCCGAGGGCAUCAACCUGCAGGAGCGUGUGGUCACCAUCAGUGGCGAGCCGGAGCAGAACCGCAAAGCCGUGGAGAUUAUCAUCCAGAAGAUCCAGGAAGACCCUCAGAGCUCCUCCUGCCUGAACAUCUCCUACUCCAACAUCACCGGUCCGGUGGCCAACUCCAACCCCACCGGCUCCCCGUACGCCAACUCCACCGAGGUGAUGCCGGCGGCGGCGGCCGCUGCAGCCGCCACCGCCUCCUCUCUGCUGGGCCAGGCGGGCCUGGCGGGAGUCGGCGCGUUCCCGACCACCAUGUCCAGUUUCUCAGGCAACGAUUUGCUCGCCAUCACCUCCGCGCUCAACACCCUGGCCAGCUACGGCUACAACACCAACUCUCUGGGGCUGGGGCUCAAUCCCGCCGCCGCUUCCGGGGUGCUAGCCGCCGUAGCGGCUAACGCCAACCCAGCAGCAGCCGCCGCGGCUAAUUUGUUAGCGUCGUACGCCAGCGACGCGUCUACCAGCGCGGCGCACCCUGUCGCGAGCCUGGGAGGCCUCUCUCUGGGGUCACUGGCAGCCGCCACUGGCGCCACCAAUGGCUACCUGAGCGCGGCGUCGCCUCUGGUGGCGUCGUCCCUCCUGGCGACUGAGAAGCUAGCAGAGGGAGCGAAGGAAGUGGUCGAGAUCGCCGUGCCGGAGAACCUCGUCGGCGAUCUUGGGAAAGGCGGGAAGACGCUAGUGGAGUACCAGGAGCUGACCGGCGCCAGGAUCCAGAUCUCGAAGAAAGGCGAGUUCAUCCCGGGAACUCGGAACAGGAAGGUGACCAUCACGGGGUCGCAGGCCGCCACGCAGGCCGCGCAGUACCUGAUCAGUCAGCGGAUCACCUACGAGCAGGGCGUCCGCGCCACCAACCCACAGAAGGUGGGCUAAACCUGACAGCCGCCCGGAAAUGAGGAGGAAAAGUGAAAAAGGAAUGGGGGCUUCGGGGGAGGAGAGCAAAGAAAAAGGGAGAAUGGAAAAAAGGAGAGGAGAGAAAGAAUAUCCGAAGGAAUCGUUUGCGCCGUUUUCUUCUGUGUUUUCAGUAUUCUAUAUUAAAAAAAAGGAAGUUUUUUGACUCGAAGCAAAAAUGUGCUGAGGAGGGGAGGGGGAGCGAGUUAUUACGCUGAAAAACCAAGAAAAAAAUGUGUAAAAUGUAAAUAAGGUUUUAUUACUUAACGUCUUGACCUUUCGGGAUUUUUUUAUUGUUUUAUUUUUUGUUUUUUGUUCAGUAAAUUAAGCUGUCUGUGUAUUGUGUGGACAGAGCUGAAUGCCAUUUAGACUGGGAGGCUACAGAGUGCGGCGGGGGUCAAGGGUCACGAGGGUCAGGGUGAGGCGGAGGGUUGGUGUUUACAGGGUGCAACACUCCCAAAUCCCAUCCCAGCCGCCGGCCCCUCCAGCCCACACGCUGUAUCCUCAAACAGAUUUUAGUUUGAUUUUAUUUAAUCCAGGAAAUUUUAAAUUCGCCCCCUUUCGCUUCAGCCCCUCCCCUUUUUAACGGUUUUUAAAAAAGAGAAAGAUUGCAGACUUUAGCUUAAUGUGUGUAAGCUAAGAAACGUCCUCAACUCCCGAAAACUUCGCCUCCCUCAAAUCUCGGUGAGGAGCGUGAGGGCGUUUCUUCAUUCGCGCGCACACACACACACACACACACAUUUACACACACACAGGCGCAACCGGUGCAGCGCUGCAGACCCGUCUCUGCAGUAUAACAAUAAUAAUAACACUAAUGAUGACAGCAGCUGCGUUUCCGGCACAAAUGUGCGCAAAAUUUUAAAGUUUUGCAAUUAAAUAAGAAACGUGAUGAGUCAUUAAAAAACUACUUCCUGUUUUCUUCUUCUUCGUGGUUUGAGAGUCAACAUCCGGUUGCUGGUCAUGUGACUCGUGCGAUGUGAAAAAAUUGUUUCCAUUGCAGUUUUUUUAAACAAUAAUUUCUUUUAAGUGACAAUUUAUUUUAAAAAGGUCAAUUUGCGCCGUCAUCUGUUGACUGGAAACGCAGCUGAUGUCGUUUUGCUACAGGAAAUCUCCACCACUGUCGCUAUUUAUUAAUAACAUCGCUCGUUUAAAGCGCAGUCUAAUUUUUUAAAUCUGUGAAUUCAGGUUGACAUGAAUGUAAAUGAGACUUUUUGUUCUGGUUUUUGUUUUCAUGUAAGAGGAAUAGUAAUGUCAAAUAGUGUAAUAUAUGUCUUAUUUAUGUCCAGUGAGAGAGCCGCCCCAGGCAGGAAGAACACUAGAGUGAUAUAUCCAGUCAAAGAGCAGAACAGGGAACACACACACACACACACACACACACACACGAGCGCUGAAAGGAAACGUCACAGCACCAUGUUUGGUGCCACUGAAAGAGAAUCCAUCAUAUCUGCUGUCUGUAGCUGAAGUGAAGCGUCCAGUUAUCGUCCGCUGCAACUAAAGAUGAAUCGUUCAGACGAGACGUUGUGAUGAAAAAACCUGGAAAUUUAUCAGUUUGAAAAG